GACAAGAGAGAAAAUCAUAGGGGAUCCACUGGCAGCCUCCUGGAGCCCAGCAGCAAUUAGGCACCAGUGACAAGAGACCAGGUAAGAAAUUAAUACAGGAAGCCCACCACUAUCUAUAGGGACAGAUGCCAGUAAAGGACUUAUCACACCUCCUCGCAGAGCAUUACCAAAGGACUCAUUGGCAACUACUAGCCAUUCAAUAGCACCAAAGACUAACGAUACCCUUGAAUACAAGGGGAGAACUACAGAAGACACCAGUGCACUGACACAGGAACCCGACAAAGUCGUCCUCUUGACCCUCUUCAUCCAGGGUGUCCAUACCUGUAGUGUAAGGAGGCUGACCUCAUGUAUCCGCUGGGCUUUCUGCCACUGCUCCUUCUUGUGUUCUGCCAGGGAGCUCUCCAGGACAGUACCCGCUGGCCCUGGCGCCGCAGUUUCCGCUGGGAGAGUAAUGGACGCACGUUUAGCCUGCAAAGCUUAGGGUCUGACCACAGAGCUGGGACCUUCUACAUCUCCGAGGUCAGCAAGCCCGGAGAGGCCAGCCCAGGGGAGAUUCGCAGUCCGCUGUCCAGGGUUCGGAAUUCCAAGCAUCAGCGGGAUGGAACGCAGCCGAUCCGCAAGGUUAAGCAGUCUGUCACCGUGAGAAUCCCCAUCACUGCUAGGACUGACAUAGCCAAGCACAGGGUAACACUGCCCGGGAGUUAUAUCAGUACCGUCAACUAUACGGCCACAGCGAGAGGGUCUGCUUCAAAAAGUGAAGUCAUGCAAAAGGCUGCUACACAGAUAAUUGAUGCACCCCAGGUAUACCCUACACAGAGUUAUGAAGACAUCCUGAGGAAUGAUGUCACUCCCAGGAUCUCUACACAAACUUAUGCAACGCCCAGAAUUCCUACUCAGAGAAAUGAGGCAAUCCAGAGAUAUGACAUCACCCAGAGACAAGCUACACAGCGCAGUGAUGUCAUCCAGAGGCUCUCCACUGCCAGGAGUGAUGUUAUCCAUAGGACUAAUCCUGUACAGGGUGGUGGUGUCAUCCAAAGAACUACACAGAGCGGUGAUGUCACCCAAAGAAUCUCAACUGCAAGAAGUGGUGUUACCUCUAGAAAUGCUGUACAGACUGGUGAUGUCAUCCAGAGAAGUACUCAGAGCAGUACUCAGACUGGUGAUGUCAUCCAGAGAAGUACUCAGAGCAGUGAUGUCAUCCAGAGAAGUACUCAGACUGGUGAUGUCAUCCAGAGAAGUACUCAGAUUGGUGAUGUCAUCCACAGAAGUACUCAGACUGGUGAUGUCAUCCAGAGAAGUACUCAGAGCAGUGAAGCAGUGCAGGCCAGCGCAGCUUUAACCGAGAGAAGCCAGACCACACAGAGAACACCCACGAAAAGAAACAACAUUAUUACCAGAACUCCCAGCCAGAGGACGGAAAAUGUAGAAAGAACAAACGCCAAGCAAAAUGACGUCACGCCAGCAGGUGGCAGGCAAGUUCCUGUGGAAGCCCCUCGUCAGGUCAGACCGGCUGGGUCCCCCCCUGCCAGGCAGAGAAUGGCAGGGGAUGACCCUAGGAACCCCUACAGGAGUCCGAAUAUGGUGCCUUAUAUAGCUCCCUCAGUGAGGAGGACUGCAACCCGAUAUUUACAGUACGGUAAGGCAUUUUCACAUACAUUAUUCUAUGAUUUAUAUUGGGGAUGGAUUGCCAAUAUUCUAUACAUUUAACGUUUUGGAAAAGCAGCACAAUUUGUACACAAACUGACAGCAAUCACACUACUAUCACUCUCAGACAGCUAGUACAUGUUAGGAUCAGUGAGAUCCCAGCACAGACAGUGCUGUUACUGAUAUGAGUUUGAUUGCUAUCAGCCAUCACACUCCUAUCAAUCUCAGUCAGUCAGCCAAGUACAUUACAGUAGAUUGCCUGCAGCUGAGGGAGUGAUGGCUCGUCAUUGGCUGGUGGCUAGAUUUUCUGGAUGUGGUGAAUGGGAGAGGUGAGUAUGUUAUCUGUAAUAUUGGUCAAUUACCAGACCAAUGCAGAUUAUCAGAAAUAUGCCAAAUAAGGGCUCUAGGUCUAUCCCUAAUGUAUACUGGUUUAUAUUCUAAAGUGAGAAACACAAGAUCAAAACAGCCAAACUAGGGAAAAAAUGAAGUCAGUUAUGCUUUUACUUUGGCUACUCCAACCUUACAUUUGGAAUUCACUUUAAAUCCUCACUCACUACCUCUAUAAAUAAACAUAGAGAGUAUUUUUCAAUGCCACAAGCAGACAACUCAUCUUGGAACUUCAUGGUUUGUUUAACUCAGUGGAGAGCUAAGGUUAUUGCCCAGAGCACCUGCCUUGCAAUGAUUUCUCAUUGAGAAGUCUGUGAUUGGACAGUCACAUGAAGUCUGCGCUGGGGAAGAAGGGAUCUGGGGUAGAGAUCUUCCACUUUUGCAUACAGUUUUUUUAUAUAUACCCUAAAUGAAACAGAAUGCAUAAUUAAAUGCAUACAUGUUUUCAAUAAGAGUUUAUCUACUAAGCAGUGGUUUUAAAAAAAUAAUUGUAUUUAGACAGUGAGUUGUCCUGCUAAUAAUGAGUAACCUAGUGUGAAAAGACACAUAUGGCAAAUUUGGCAAUAUUGGUGAGUAUGAAUCUGACACAGAGGGGGUGUGAGGCCAGCAUGCAUUUAUGCCAUUUUAUGUCACGUGACGUACCUUGCUGUAAACUGCGUAUGUGCAAAGGUAAGGUAAAAACUGCUGCCUGGUAAGGUAAAAACUGAAAAAGUACAGAAAUACAUAAAGCUGCAUCCACCAUAACUGAAUCCAACAUUCAGUUAAGUAAUCACUUGGAUUCUGUGAGAAGCAAAACUGGCACCAGGAGGGCUACUGCAUCCUCAAAGACCAUGAAUGCAAACAGAACUGAAACUGGAUAGUAACAGGGUUAUUCACUGAAGUGAGAAUUCACAGUGAAUUUCAAAUUUAAGGCCAAAAUAGCCAAUCUGAAAAAAAUCUCUAUGCCAACUAUGCUUCCAGAUCGUCUACUUUGGCCUUAAAUUUAAAACUCAUAUUGAAUUUACAAUUUAGUGGAUAACACUGGAAAUAUAUUGCAAAAGCACCGAUUGAGUAAAAAUAAGUUGUUUUACAUGAUCAUACUGCCAUACACGUUUCAUGUGCCACUAAUUUGUUCACUGGUUUCUACUCUGUGCAGUGGGAUUUUAAAUCGCUCGUGCAUGAGAUGUCCCUUACUUCAUCUUUUGAUAUAUCUUGACUGUGUAGGAAUUGCAUUGAAAUUCUGCCACCGUCUGUAUUGUUUUUUUCAUAAACAUUCUAUCAAAGAAAUUAGUCUCAUUAUGAGAAACUCAAAGGAUACGUCAAAUUUAGAGAAAUUAGAUCAAAAUGCUCUAUCCAAAUAGGUUUCUUAUGAGGUUUAAACAUACACUUUAAUAUGAUCGAUAAAGCAUAACAUUUAAUCAAAAUUCUGUUAAAAAGGUGUAUAAAAAUAUCUAAUCAAAAAUGGAAGAAACUUGGGAUAUUUACAAAAUACACUCCAAUUAACAGGUAUCUGGAACUAGAUAAUAGGAUAUGUGUAUGUAGAUUGGCCCGUUUUACAUAAACAUACUCCUAUUAUUGGGUAUCCUUUCAACACUUAUGGUCAAAUUAGUAGUGAAACCUCUUAAAAGUAACAGAGUAUCUAAAAAUGUAGCGAUUCAAUGAGAAUCAGAUUAAGUGAAAUGAUUGUAUCAAUUUAUUAGCUGAGGUUUGUAACUAGUGGGACUACACCCAAACAGAAGAUAUUAUGCUUCUUACUAAGGGGUCUGUUAUGUACCCAAUAAAAAAUUGCAAUCUGGUUAAGAAUUAGAGGUAGAGAAAUGGUAAUAUAAUAGCUUUUUAAUCAUGGAGCUUAAAGGACCACUAUAGUGCCAGGAAAACAUACUCGUUUUCCUGGCACUAUAGUGCCCUGAGGGUGCCCCCACCCUCAGGGUCCCCCUCCCGCCCGGCUCUGGAAGGGGAAAGGGGUAAAAACUUACCUUUUUCCAGCGCUGGGCGGAGAGCUCUCCUCCUCCUCUCCGCCUCCGUUACGCCCCGCCGGCUGAAUGCGCACGCGCGGCAAGAGCUGCGCGCGCAUUCAGCCGGUCUCAUAGGAAAGCAUUUACAAUGCUUUCCUAUGGACGCUGGCGUGCUCUCACCGUGAAAAUCACAGUGAGAAGCACGCAAGCGCCUCUAGUGGCUGUCAAUGAGACAGCCACUAGAGGAUUAGGGGGAAGGCUUAAACCAUUCAUAAUUAUAGCAGUUUCUCUGAAACUGCUAUAAUUAUGAAAAAAUGGGUUAAGCCUAGAAGGACCUGGCACCCAGACCACUUCAUUAAGCUGAAGUGGUCUGGGUGCCUAGAGUGGUCCUUUAAGUAGCACUAGUGUAUACUGUGCCUUCGUGGGAACCUAAUCUUUGAGGUAAACUAACUAGCUCUAUCUUAUUAUGCUCCAUGAAAACGACUCGGUGCUCACAUUCAGCAAACAGACAGUCUAAAUAUCUGUUAGAUAUCGGAUUGAAUAUAGCAAUUCAACUUAGCAAUUUCUUCCAGAGGUUUCGCCACUCAGGCUCCUGAAGAUUUAGCCCUGGAAAGUAUAAAUUCACUCCCUGUGUGCAUGCUAUGUUUGCUGUGGCUGGUAAAUUUAAGGGCUUGGCUUGUAGCAUAGAAAAAAAUUUAAGCCCACAUAUAGGUAUAUACAAACUGCAGUGGUAGAAUGUACAGUCCACAGCAUCACCAUUGCCAAUGUUAAGUGUGAAGAUUAUCCGUAAGAGUUAGGGGGUACGGCACAUGAGGAUACAGUGUAUAAACUAGGGUACAGCACUGUAGUGAUGCUCUUGAUAAUGAAUGUUACUGUAUUGAUACUACUUUCUUGUGAACACAUCAUUGAAUUUGUUAUUAUGGUGGUCAACGUAUUUAACUCCCUGUUUAGACAACGCUAUUUUGAUAAUGAUUCCUGACAUCUGAGUCAUUUGCAAACACCUGUGCAAAUAAGGAAGAGGGGACACAUCUGGGCUAGCGGCAAAGAGCCGGGAGAGGAUGGCCAGACAAAAGAUUAUGUGUGAUGUGGCAUGUUUAUGUGUGAUUGAAUUGAGCUAAAAGUGUGUGAUGGGGGCUCUCAGGGCUUAAUUGGUACAGUGAAGCACCUCUACUCUUAUUUAAUUAGUAAACUGUUAGUUAAUCAAAUAAAUAAAUAUAUAUAUAUAUAUAUGUAUAUAUAUAUAUUAUGUCAGACAAAUGUACUUAUUUGUUCAGAAUAUACUGUUAAUAAUAGAACAUCCCUGCUUAUCUAAAUAUCUAAGAUGUAGAUUUAUUUUUAAUGUUAUGACAUAUUUAUGCAAACUGCAAGGGCUAACUGCCACUUCCCAGGAAUUUUAAAACAAUUUUAACUUACACCUAUAUUUAACAAAUUUGCAUUUGUGAUGUGCGAAAAAUAACAUUAAAUGUAGAAAUCUACACUUCUUUAGUCUACAAAUGGAAGCCUCCAUCUUAGUUCCCAUUUAAUCAUUGUUAAAAGCUCUGCCCUUUGCACCUCGUAGUAAAUACAUUGAAAGCAUACAGAAAAUGGAGAAAUUAAAUAUUUCUAUUACCUUCUUCAUUUGCAAUGUAAGAGAGCAUCUUAUAAAAAGGUUAUCAGUAGUUAUUUAGUAAAGGAACACUAUUGUCACCCAGACCACUUCAACUCAAUGAAAUGGUCUGAGUAAAGAGUACCCCUGUUUUUGAGAAACUGCUAUGUUUAUAUUGCAGUGUUAAAGGGACACUCCAGGCAUCCCUUUUUCGUAAGGAAGUCUUUUUCUAGAGUGAGGGGGUGUGGUUAAACAAGCAAUCUGCAAAUCAUUUAUUUGUUUUAUGCAAAAACUAUAAAGAUCUAAACAUGCAAAGAAGUACAGAAUAUUAAUGAGGCAAAUACCAGCGUCAUUGAUUCAAUGCUUUCCUAAGGGGAGGCCUAAUACACGUGUGGCACUCACCGCACAUGCGCAUUAGCACCCCUUCGUUGAGCGACUUCGGAGGUGGCAGAGCCAUGACCCAGUGCUGAGGGACAUCGACACUGGGAUCAGGUAAUUAAAUAAAGGAUUUUUUAACCCUUUAUUCACUGCGGAGGGGGGUGGAGGCAGAAGGAGCUAUAUUGCCAGCAAUAUAGCUUUGUAUUCCUGGCAUUACAUGAUCCCUUUAAGUUUUAUUCAAUGGUGUAAAUUCAAGAUAAGUGACUGUUCCACUUUAAAGUUUGCUGAAUUGCUGUAUGGAUUAACUGUAGGUUCCCACUGACUUAUUUUGUUAAAAUGCCAAUUUCAAGGGAAAUCUGCACUUUUGUAAAUCCCAUUAGUAUUUAACUUACAGGACAUUGAAUACAGUGGCAGGAAAUUCCAUGCUGUAGAAUGAAACUUAAUGGUAAGAAUUUAGUAGAAUACUACAUAAUAUUCAUAUGAAUUAGAGAGUAUAAUGCUCUUCUUAUUUUUAAAGGCAUCUGUUCAAUGUGACAGCUCAUCUUUUCUAGGCAAUGAAUUCUAGACAAAUACACCUAAAGCUCCCCACGUAUAUACAAUGUCUGAUGACUAAGGUCUGCUUUUUGUGUACGUGAUGGGGAAGCGGGGGCAAAAAAUGACUCUAUAGUGGUUACUAAACUUUAAAAUGCCUUGCUCAUUGCAGCCAUGAAGUGAGUCUGAUUUCCAAUUUUGCUCCAAAAAGAAUUAUCCUCUCUGACUCUAAAUGGCAAUGGGCUUUUAUUGUAAACUAUUUAUAUUAUUUACAAUGCUGGGUGAUUUGCUUUGCUAAAAUUUAGUCUAAUCCUUUAAAAUGCAGCCUUUGUAUUUUUUUCCAGUUUUGAAUUUUAUAUAUAUAUAUUUUUUAACUGGUACCCAUUGUUUACUUUGCAUUGCUUUAUUCAUGGCAAAGUACUACCAUUCAUUUGAAAAAACAUAAUCUUAGUAGAAACUUAUUUAGAAGCAUCUGUUACACCAUUGGAUGGAACAUAUAACAUUUACUUAUAACUUGUUUUGGCUUUGUGAUGAUAAGUUUUCGUUUAAUGGUCUAAACAAAAUAUUUACUUUUUUACUUUUUAAUUUUUUAACCAUAACGAGCCAAUGACCUAAAUCUCUCCAAUUUCCUAAUCAGUGCCCACCAAAAAUAUAUCUUAGAAUUAUCAUAGUGCUAAAAAAAAAAAAAAAAAGAAUAGUUGGUAAAGUAAUUUAGGUAAGUGUUAGAAAACAUAAGGAAAGAUAUUUCAAGGCACAAACAGGUGCCAUUAGGGGGGAAAGUGCUAAAUAAGGAGCAUUCAGCAUGGACACCAAUAGGACACAGCACCUGCGCUGGUAACUUUUUACAAUAAAUUUACUUAGUUUCUACUAACAUUUAGUUUGACUGUUUACUUGAAGAAUGAGGUUCUCAGAGGCAUCCAACAAACUUGUGUAAAUGACAUACUAGUACAAAAUGGAUCAUCAGGACAAUAUUUCCUGACAGCAGUUUGUAGGACGUAGUUGAUGAAGUGAUUAAAAGUUGGUUCUGUACAAUUGUACCCAUUUAUAAAAUGGUAUAGACUGUAUUAUUUAGACCAAGAUAAAAAAGAGGCACUGGUGUCAAUAGAGAGUAGCUAGGGGGACACAAGUCCCGAAUGUGGGUCCAGAUAGGCCUGGUUCUUUUUCUGCUUGACCUGCUCUUUCUCUCUGUCCCUUCCCGGUCUCCAUAGUGAGUCUAAGAGUCAACAAAGGAGAGUGAGAGACCAAAGAAGUGCAGGGCAUUGCUAAUACGGUAACUGGUUGUCUGCCUUUCCAUAAAACAAGAUACAGAGACAUCUUUUUAUUGUGUAUGCCUGUGUGUGUGCUUGUCUGUGUCUGUGUGUGUCUGGCACAAUGAUUGUGUAUAUGUAUAUCUGUGUAUGCUUGUCUGUGUCUGUGUGUGCCUGCCUGUGUCUGUCUGAGUAGGUCUCUGCCUUCUUGUCAGUGACUGUUUAUGUCUUUUUGUACCUGUGUGUCUAUCUGCGCCUGUGUAUGUCUGUCUUUAUGUGUUGGCACAUGUGUGCUUGUGCAUGUCUGUGUGUGUCUGCUCGCCAGUGUUUAUGCGUAUUUAUAUGUGUAUCUGUGUAAGUAAUUUUGGUCUGCCAAGAGGCAUGUUAAGCCUUGAAUUUGGUGAAGGUAGGGUGGAGAGUUGGGAAAGGGUCAUCUUUCCCCCCUAUUUUGGGGGUUAAGAACUGGGUGUUUUUAACCUUACCAAUCCCUGAAAACAUGGCUGACAAAGAAUCAUGGAAGUUGCAAUUCUGCAAUGACUGAUGAAAGAAAAACCACAAAUCAGACAAAGAAAAACACCUCAAUCCACUUUAACCAAAAAAGUAAAUUAGUCAGAUUUUUAUUCUUAUACAUUACGUUAUGCUUGGAUACACAAGGGGAGCACUGGAUCUACCCUGUAGUGUGUUUCGUACCUUAGAGACACUUCAUCAGAGACAUGCUAUGUGUUGACCAGUCCCGAGUGAAUACAUUUCCUGUCAUCAGUUAGGCAGGGUAUUGAUCAGUACUAAAAAUUGCUCCUGGUGGACCUCAGAAAACUGCUUCAGAUUUGUAGGUCCUCUGGAAUCACUUUAAGAGUAAACAUAAUGCUGUGAUCCAGAAACUUCAGACUUCUCCCGUGAGCCUGACUCAUCGCAUGGACUGUCUGGACGAUACCCAGAGCUGGGAACAAACAUGAAUCAGUGGAGUCCCUGAGGACUUGAAUAUUGCUGAACUACCACAUUUUAUAAAAAAGAUCCCUUAUGAAACCCAGACAGGCCAAAUUACUACUCCUGGAUGGAGUGUUUCAGGACCUAAAACCACUGGAGGCAUAUUCUACAGUCACUUGAGGGCUUAUUGUAAAUUCCACAUUAGUAUAGAUAAAACCACUUUUGGGAAUUCUGCUAGAAGCAAGACCCCUUCAAAUGUGAAGGGUCAUUACUCACCUCUUUUUUUUUUUUCUUGACCUAUCCAGGAAAAAGAAGACUUUUUUGUUUAGAGAAAAAGACUAUCUAACAUACAAUGUAUAUAGAAGUCAGUAAAAGGUUACUUGGCAAUCUAUAGAGAGGAUAACCCUAAUUGAAUAAUUUAUAACAGAUAAGAGAGAAACCCAAGAAAGGGGGUAACUCUCAAUAGAUUACACUUUAUAUUAAAGCCACUUUUUUGAGAGUAAAACACAUUAUACUUUUAUUAUUUAAGUUAAAAUAAGAACCAUAGAAAAUAUUUCCAAAAACAAACUGUGUUCAGUGUCACAACAAUGUGAUUAAAGGGACACUGUAGGCACACAGACCACUUCAGCUCUUUGAAGUGGUCUGGGUGCAAACUCACAUCACCCUUAACCCUAGAGUGGCAAUUAUUGCAGUUUUUAUAAACAUGUAAUGUUGUUCACUUCACCUGUCACUGGUUUUAUUGUUGCGGCUGAUCAGUGUAUGUGCAUAAAUCAUUACAUACCAAACAUUAUAUAAAGCAAAUUAUAUUAAUAUUGUAUGCACAUUGCCUACAGACAUGCCAUACAUAUUUAAGUGCAUUCCAUUUGUAUGUAUAUGUAAAGUGUGUGUGUGUGUGUGUAUAUACUUUGAAACAUAUGUAUUGGGUGUGAUAACCAAUAUGUCCAUCUAUAAAUGUCACUGAGAAUAAUUCUAUUUAUUUAAAGGAACUCUAUAGUGUUGGGAAUACAAACAUGAAUGCCAAACACUGAGUACCCCCUCAGAUUGGAGUUAAAAGGUAUUUUAUUUACCUUUCUAUCAUCAGUGUGCCAGUCUUGCUGUGACUGGCUUCACCUCCAUGGCUGAGAUCAUCAAUCUUGAUUAUUUCAGUGAAACCAAUUCUCUCCCAUAGCAUUUUGCGCUCCCUCUAUGAGUAAAGAGAAAUGUAUCCGGACUCCAGCAGAAAAGAUCAGGGGUAAGUCCAGAAGAUGUUUAAAAAUAAACAACAACUUUAUUUGACAAAAUAAGUAUAUAUAAAAUAAAUCCAGGUGGUAAAAAGACUUGACGCGUUUCACGUCUAAAAAGGCUUUCUCAAAAGUGUUCUUUUGAGAACACAUUUGAGAAAGCCUUUUUAGAAGUGAAACACGUCAAGUCUUUUUUAGUCCACGGAUUGAUUUUAUAUAUACUUAUCUAUAGUAGUAGUGGCUGAGACGGGGGUGUAUGUAUGUAGUUCAGAUAUUUAUCUCACGUUUUAAUCAGGCACCAUUUGUUAGGUGUAGGACAAUGAGGAGUAUCAAUUGUUUGGCCCAUCUGGCUUGUUUUUGUGUGGGGUAAUGAGAGUAUAUAAAAGUCACCUUCUAUGUUUCUAUGUUAGAUGUUGCUUUUUUAAUGGGGAGGAAGUCAUCCAAAUAGUGAAUGACUGAAGGGCAUCUACAUGCAUUAAGCAAUAAGCAGCACAAGGUUUCGACAAAGAUAUCAAAAUGUUUUGGGCUACUCUUAUAACCAAAAGUAAGCCGGGAGAAAAAUAAUUAUAUAGACCUCUCCACUUAACACCAUCUAGAUGCCAGAGUGAUGGGUGUAUGGGAAGUAGUUUGAAUGUGUUCACUAUUUCAGUUUUAUUGAGCCAAGCACCUACACUGGCCGUGAUGAUAGCAUUUAUGGCAUUGUCUAUGGUCACGUAUUGUAGUGAGAAUUUGUCAGAGGGAAUCAGGGAAUUUAAACUAGGAACUGUGGAGGAGUGGAAAGUUCUGCAAGUUUUUACCUGUAAUGAUUCCGAUUGGAUUUGUUUACCAGGAUAAGAAAGGGGGGAACUAAAAAGGACCCAAGAGAAAACUUUGUUCCAAUUCCUGCUGUAACAGAGUGUUGACAGUAUCGGGAUCUAAUAUGGCUUUUAGUUGGUUGUUGCACUUGACUAUGCCAGAUGGCAUGUAGAUUAUACCCGUGUGGAAACCUUGGGACAAUCCUGUUGAAUGGAAAUUUACCAACUGUGGUGAAUGGGGAUUUAGACAAUGGUUUAGAUGAACCAGCCACAUUUACAGAAGUCAAAUAAGGUCUGGGAUACAUUUUAUUAGGGCACAUGAAUUUAGUACAGAUUUGGUAUUUCCCCAGGAGUACUAUUGGACAAUGAACUUGUCCUUAAUAACUUUGUCAAUUCUGUUACAAGUGCUUGGAAGGGAUAGGUUGUUGGUAGUGACAUCAAAACUGCUGGGACAAACGGUCCGAUGUGUGGGAUGUAGAGGUACAAAUUGCACAGGCCAGCGUCCUGAGGCCUGCAAAGUCUGAGCAAAAGAGUUUGGUGUCCCAUUGACUCCAGUCUGUUUGUAUAAUGAACUGGGUCAGAGCUGCUGCUGCUGCUUUGGCCGAAAAAGAUCGGUGGUAAUCAUAAAACGCUAGGUGGGACAGGUGGUUUAGAAAUCACCAUAUUAUUUGAUCAUAUAGGUGGGCUCUAUUCCAUGUUAAAUUCUUAAAUACAGUGGACAUCAUACGUCAAGUUCUACAGAAAGAUGACAGGAUGUAUAUAAAAUUUAUCUAAAUUGAUUUGUUGAAUAGGGAUUAGAUGAAAGGGGCAAACGAAAAUCCUUCGUUCACACUUGGCGUUGAUUAUAAAGUCUUCCAGAUAACUGCAAUGUCUCCGCACUCAGAGGUAUUGGCCAGUUGGAAUGCCAUACCUCAGGGGCUUGCGGUGAAAGCUAUCCCAACAUAAAAGGGUAUUGAAGGCCGAUGGUUUCAUAAUAGGGUAGUCCGAAUUGAACCAUUUUCCAUAAUGGACAUUGUGAUGUCGAGAAAGCUAAGAGGGGAACCCCCAAAUUCUGAAGUAAAUCUAAAAUUUUCAUCAUUUUGAUUAAGAAUGGAUACAAACUUAUUGAACUCGUUGGGAGUACCUUGCCACACAAUUAUGUCGUAAAUAUAUUGCCGACAUCAUAAAAGGUUUGGAAAGAAUUCCCGUAGGGCCUCCAGAUGGUAAAUUUGUUUGCAUAUGAUAGAAAAAGGACCUAACUCAAAUAAUAUAGAAGUUUUAUUUCCUUUUGAAACAUUGUAUUAAAUGUACUUUACCAAACUGCUACCUUGAAAGUAAAAUUUGUAGUUGAAGUAAUGAUUGACACUAAAAGUGACCAUUUAUAAACAAUAUACCACAAGGACUUUUUCACUUAAUUACGUUGUUGUGACACUAAAAAUUGUUUUUUUUAUUAUUAUAAAAUUAUUUUCUUUGGUUUUUGUUUUAAUUGAAAUAAUAAAAGUAUAACGUGUUUUAAUCUAUUAAAGUGGCUUAAAUGUAAAGGGAAAUCUCUUAAGAGUUACGCCCUUAAUUGGGUUUCUCUCCUAUCUGUUCUAAACCAUCCAUGAAUACGGUCAUGUAGUGAAGAUCUCUUCGACCUGAAACCCAAGUAUUUCUUUGCAAGAAUAUUUUUGAUUGUACAGCUUAAAUGAUUAAUCGAGUUCCGCUGUGGGAUAUAUCUGAGGCAGACUCCUUUUUCUCAAAAUUGGGACUAGCAUUAGAUCUUGAUAUUACACCUUAAUUUACUAUCAAAUGUACUCCACAGAAGUAGGACUUGAAUAAGGUCUCUCUGUGUUCGUUUGUCCCAGCUGCUGCUGGGUUAUCAGUGGAAGAGUUCUUAACUGAAGAAGUGAUAUAAAUAAAUAUCCUAUUCCAUAAAGCCUUUUUUAUUCUUUUCAUCGUCUUCCCUUUAUAAUUUGCCAAAAUGCAUAGAAGUGUGAUGGCUGAUUACCAAUCAUAUAGUUCCCACUAGUUUAGGUCUAGGGAACCUUUGACACUCCUAAUGUUGUGGACUAUGUUUCCCUUAAUGCUUUGCCAGCAUUAUGGCUGUAAGAGCAUUAUGGUAGAUGGAGUCCACAACAUCUGGAGUGGUGAAGAUUGCCUACACCUGCCCUAGUUUGUUUCCUAUACCUCCAGGUACUGUAGUAUGACCAUGUUGGGUUAUGUAUCUUCUUUAUAUCUGUUCCUUGUCACAUUAUAUAACAUUUGCAGGUAUGUCCAUUAACUACUCCUAAAUCAUGAGAGAUGACAAUCUUAUGAUCAUGCUGCUGUUACGUGCUGCCAUUUGUUUAUUGUUCGGCACAACAAAAUUAAAGAAUUGCCAAAAAAAAAAGAAAACAUAAUCUAAACUACUCAUAUUGACUGCACUCGAAUUUCAUUGACAUUUGAAUACAAUCAACAGAUAUCAUAAGGUGAAGUAGCCAAGUCUGAAGUUGACAAAAGGCAAAGCUUCCAUUGUCAAGUUUUGUCAAUUUCAUUUGACCCUGCUCUUAACAGUUGUGGGGAACAGACAUGUUCUUUCCAAGUUUCUUAUAACAAGGGGAAGGGGAACACAUGUGACUUAUGUGUAACUGCGUAUUAUCAUUUUAAAUCUUAGUAUUCUUACAGGUGUAGAUAUACAACAGUUAGCAGUGUUUUUGUAAAUAUUUUUUUACUACUUUGACCCUUUCAUAUAUUUUUUCUUUUCAAUUUACAUGAUGCUCUUUCCACACAUUAGGUCUCCCCGACUUGAUUCCUGAUGCUCUGUUUAUCCAAACAUCCACCUACAUCCAGAGAGCCCCUCUUUACAGUCUGUGGUGUGCAGCUGAGGAAAACUGCCUGGCAAGGUGAGAAAUAUCUUCUAGUGAAGUGUCAUUUUGCUUAUAUUACUGAAAAGCAUAUUUAGCUAUUACAGAGUGAAUAAAACCCAAAACAAAUAUAUGAUCAAGCUCAUGUUUUAAAGGACAAUUGUCACCUCUAAAAUGACAGGGAGUGAAGCAUGGAAGUCCAUAGAGACUCAAUGUCGGACUCGGUUUUCAAUCACUGUCUCACCCAAGGUGUAUGCAUAUGGCUUAAAGAUCAUGUUGUAUACUAAAGGUUAAGUUGUACUUCAUUUGAAAAAAAUCUAUUUAUUUUCAACAAGUAAAGAAAUAAAUGACGGGAAGACCAAACAGGGUCUGGUGUCAAGGGGCCAGAAAUAAUACAAAUUAAGUUACAGCGCACACAUAAAAAUUAAUUUCUAAACGUUAUAAGGCUACUUAAAAUCACCUGUCUCAGCAAACAAAUAUGGGGAUUCAGUUCCACCAUAUGGCCAUAUUGUGUUAAGCUUGGGAGACCAAAUUAAAUAGUACUAGUGCUAAAUAUGCAAAAGUGUAUAUAAUUAAGCUAUUGUAAGAGGAUUGUGAGUGUAUAGAAUGCAACAUUAAUGUGAUAAAAUGGAAAGAGAAAUUAUACUACUAGGACAAAAGAAAAUGAUAUAAGUUUGGAGGAGUAAAGCUUAACUAGAAGUAUUGUCUUCCAUUUUAUGAGGCUCGAUCCAGGAAUCGGGUUUAAGUAAUCGUUGUUCAGAUCUGGGAACAGUCUGCCUACACCCACCUCGCUGGCACCCAAUGCACAGCUAUUUCUAUCUAACUCCUUUUUGUUGACCUACGUGUUCUACUUCAGCCACUUUUUUUGCUUCACAAAGAGUUCAGUUGUUUUUUCCUGACAUCUUUCCAACUGCUCCAGGGUUUUGUGUUUUUUGUCUUUGCUCUUGGUGCCUGUCACACUGCUGGCCAUUUUUUCAUAUUGAUAUGUAAGUUCCAGUUUGUUUAAAACCUCACUUUUAGAGGGAACUCGUACACUCUUCCAGUGAGAUGCUAUGCAGGAUUUGACUAUUGUGAGCAUAUUUAGAAUACCUGUUUUGUUGCGGUUUUCAUGUAUCCCAGGGAUCAUAUGUAGGAGGUGCGUCUCUGGACAGAAUGUAAUAUUUGUGUUGCAUAGCUCGUUCACAAUCACGUUAAUCAUGUUCCAGAACUGUGUCAGUGUUGUGCACUCCCAAAAUAUAUGUUUCAUAGUACCAACUUCAAGUCCGCACCUCCAACACUCAGAGCUAGCAGUGUUGUACAUACAGGAAAGUUUGUGUGGUACCAAGUACCAUCUCAUCAGUACCUUAGUGUAUGCCUCCCAAUGUGACAAGCUUUUAGAUGAUUGUUUUGUUUGUGUCAGUGCCGUCUAACACAUCUCCCUGGCCUGAGGGUUUGGUGCAGUACCUGGCAAACUAAGGAAGUGAAAAUUGUUCUAUGUGUGUUAUGUGUUAAGACUGAAUUAUAUGUUUAGUCCUUAAAUACGUAAUUCUAGUUGGAAUUCUGUCGCUAAGGUAGGAAAUGGUUUGAUGCCAAGACUAUCGCAUAUGUCAUUUACUCUUUCUAUGCCUCUAUCUUUCCAUGUGUGCAGUGGGAGGUCCCGGGACAGGGACAACAAUGUGAGAAUUGGCGCUAACGGAGGUAAUGAAGUAGGUGCGAUAAGUUUAUGUACCCAUCUUUUCCACGCUGGUGGUGUGACUGUAGGCGUUGUGUUGGUCCAAAGGAGGUGUGCAAUGUGCUGGGAACCUAUGCAGGCGUUUUCCAGUUGUAGCCAUAGAGGACUUUCAUGACUGGUUAUUAGAUGUAACCCCUGGGAUAAUAUUGUUGCUAUAUAAUAACUGCACACAUCUGGGAUGCCCAGGCCUCCCUUGCUGCAGGGUAGCCAUAAUAGGCGGUACGAUUCGUGGUGGUUUCCUUUUCCAGAUGUGAGCAUUUAUUGUUGCCUUUAACUGUUUCCACACUUUUUUUGUUAACAGGAUGGGAAGAGUAUGUGAUGGAGGAUAAUCAUUUUAAUGGAGUUUAUACACCCCAACCACAACACCUCCAUUCCUCCCCACCUGUCUAUCAUUUGGUUAAGUUUAUGUAUCAAGGGGAGGUGAUUCUCUUUUGGCAGGAGAUGGGAUGUUUUUGUAAGCGUUAUCUCCAGAUAAGAGGUGGAUGUGGUGCGCCACUCAAAUUUACGUGUGUCUUGCAGUGCUGUUUAUAGUGGUACGAGCAGGCCAAUAGGUAACGCUUGGGUUUUUAAGACAUUAUUUUUGUAGUAGGAUAUAUGUCCAUAUAGCUGUAAGAGAGCGUUCACAUUUGGGAUGGAGUUUUCUGGGUCCGCCAUAAACAAUAGAAUGUCGUCAGCGAAUAUUGACAACUUCUGUUCUCCCGCCGGGGUGGUAAAUCCUCCAAUUGUCGAGUUUUUUUUUAUGUAUCUAAUGGGGGUUCUAGACAGAGUAUGAAAAUCAGCGGGGAAAGAGGGCAGCCCUGACAUGUACCAAUGGAUAUGGGAAAAGCAGCAGACAUGAAACCUGAACUGAAAACUUUUGCGGUGGGGUUUGAGUACAGGGCUAAAAUACUUGUGAGAAAGGCGCCUGAAAAACCCAUUUUGGCCAGGGUCAAUGCCAUGUAUUUCCAGUGCAGGCGAUUGAACGCUUUUUCAGCGUCAAAUGCUAGAAUGCGUCCAGCCUGGGAGCUUGUUUUCGCCCAGUCAAUCAGAUUAAUGAAGUGUCUAGUGUUGUCGCUUACUUGCCUUCUUGGGACAAACCCUGGUUAUUCUUCUGAUACGAGGUCGGUCAAAAUUGGUUUAAUUUGUGUAGCUAAUAGCUUCGCAUACAGUUUGAAAUCUGCAUUGAGCAGGGAUAUUUCUCUUGGAAUUUUUCCUGAGGCUUUAAAGUUGUUAAAGGUCUUAGUUAGAUGUGGUGUUAGGUGUCUUUCUAGUUUUAUGUAAUAUAAGUUGGAGAAGCCAUCUGGGCCUGGAGCUUUAUUUUUUGGUAGAGUACGGAUGGUUGCUCGUAUUUCCUCUUCCGUAAAGGGAGCAUCCAAUCCCAGGGAUUGUGUUUGAAAGAUGGAAGGUAAGGUGAUUCUCUUAAGAAAUCUUCAGAAAAAUGCUGUUCCCAACAGAGUUAGUUUAGGGUUUGAACAAGGUCCUGGUACCUGAGCUGGUAUUCAGUCUCCCAAUAAUUAUAAAGAUGACCCUUAAUGUUGUACCUACAUGGCUGAGGUUAUUUGGACCAAUGAUGCCUUGGUUGGUAGGAGCAGAUAUAUGCAAAUUAACAGAUAAACACAGUUAAACCCAAAGAGGACAGCCACACACUCUCAACACACUCAUGUCACAAGUGUAUAUUUACCCACUCUCAGUGUGAUGCUGGGUUUAGGGGAGGGCAGUGAGGUUUUCUGUCCAAUGAGUCAGUGUAGCUGUCUUAGACUUCGACUGUCUUUGACUUUUCCACAUUUCAUGGAGUAAACUGAAUUUUUGCUCAAGUCUGGUGUUACAGGUCCAUUAUCGCUACUAUUUGAAUUUGAGAAACAUGGGGAUUCUAAAUGAAAUACCCAGCUGCCCUAAUGGAGUGCUGACACAAUACUGCUAUAUGAAAGCUCUGGUUUUCCUGUAUAAGCUUUAAAAACAUUAAUUCCUCGUGUGGCAGACAAUUGGUCUGCUGAGAGCAGGAAUGCAAAACAGGUAAAUGAUAAAAUGGUCAUUUGCAGGUUUUGCAGGCCUUGACAACUUCAUAAGUCCACAACUUUUGGGAUGUGUCGUUGGAAGGAAUGUUAAAAACAAAACAAAAAAACAUUAAGAAGAAAUUUAAGAGACUUUAAAAGGGGAAGAUUGGAUGAUGGAGAGGAUUACUAAGGAGGAAGAUAUAUACUGUUAAAUACCAGAUAUGCAUAAAUAAAUAGAACUCCUCACAAGAGAUACAAGAGAGGGGUAGAUAAACUACUCACAGAGUUCUGUAGAGAAUAACAGGAAUGAGCGGAAUAUAUGGCCGUGACCAACGAUACUUUCUGCAAAAUGUUUUGUUAAUGCUAAAGUCUUGUGUUGAAGAGAAGCCACAAAGACUGUAAUUAUAUUAUUUAUUUCUGAGAUGAAAAUAAUUAUUUUUGGUGGUGUUGGUUGAAGAAACACUGAAAAAAAGUAUUGCCACACAUAUACAAUUUAGACAUAGCAAUAUAUCUAUAAAGGGCGCAUGCUAGACCAGCUCCUGAGCAAAGCUUGUAAAAUACGCUUAUUAUACCUGCUACCUGCAGUUUUCCACCGCACAAUAUGACUUAUUGCAUAAUGGGUGUGGUGUAUUAGCAAAAUAUAUAAAUUAUGUCUGCAUACAAAACAACAACAACAUACAAAUAAUGACACACAAUCUAACUAACUAAAACAACAACAACAACCACAAUCUAAAUAACUGACAAUAACAACUAAACCUUAUAAAGUCAUCAGUCCCCACUCACAGUUCACCAUGAUAAAAAUUAGCUCAUGUUUGCUCACGUGUCUGCUCAGUAGCACGGCCAAGAAGGAACAGGGAGAAAUGGAGAUAGAGGGAAGUGGUUAUCUCUUUCCUGACUUGUAAAGGUAUCAAAGGAUAAAGCUUAUCCCCCUGUAAUAAAGGCAUAUAUGAGCUUGGUCACAUGACGCCUGGUCACCAUAUUAGUUUGAUGACAGAAUUAUUAUUAUUUAUAUAGCACCAUCAGAUUCCCUAGCGCUCUACAAUGGGUGGACAAACAGACAUGUAAUUGUACCCAGACAACUGGAUGUACAGGAACAGAGAAGUGGAGGGCCCUGCUCAAUGAGCUUACAUUCUAGAACAUGGGUCGUCAACCUGGUCCCUACCGCCCACUAGUGGGCGUUUCAGGAUUCCAGGUGGGCGGUAGGGAUUUCCUCAGUUUCAGAGAUUGGGUGGGCGGGUGCGUCCAAGGGAUUGCCGUCCAAGGGGUCCAUCGGGUGGCCCAUGCUGUCAGGGCCACCCAAUGGAUGUGGAUUGUAAGGGGCCCGAUCAGCACUGGGCGCUUUAACAGCGCGACCGGGCCCCCUGUUAUUACAUUACACGCUGGGAGGAAGUGACUGCACGUCACUCCUCCCAGCUAACACACAGACCGCGCGGGAGGAAGACCAGGGAGUCAGAGUAGGAACUCUGACUCCCAUCCACCUGAGCCACCACUGGACCCCAGGGAAAGUCACCCUCCUGCACCUUAAAGGUAGGAAACAGGAGGGUGACUAAAAUAUUUGGUGUGUGUUUGUUUGUGUGUAUAAAUGUGUGUAUGUAUGUGUGUCUUGUCUUUGUAUGUAUGUGUUGUGCGUGUAUGUCUUUGUAUGUAUGUGUGUCUUAUGUAUGUGUCUUUGUAUGUGUGUUUUGUGUCUGUCUGUAUGUGUGUAUGUGUCUAUGUAUGUCUUAUGUGUGUGUGUGUCUGUAUGCGUGUGUCUGUAUGUAUGUGUGCCUGUCUGUUUGUGUGUAUGUGUCUUGUGUGUCUGUAUGUGUGUGUGUCUGUAUGUAUGUGUGCCUGUCUGUUUGUAUGUAUGUGUCUUGUGUGUGUGUGUCUGUAUGUAUGUGUGCCUGUCUAUUUUUUUGUAUGUAUGUAUGUGUGCCUAUCUGUGUGUCUGUAUGUGUCUUUGUGUGUGUGUCUGUAUGUGUGUGUCGUGUGUGUGUCUGUAUUUGUGCCUGUAUGUAUGAAUGUGUGCCUGUCUGUUUGUAUGUAUGUGUGUCUUUGUAUUUGUGUCUUGUGUGUCUGUAUGUAUGUAUGUGUGCCUGUCUGUUAUAGUGGGCUAUAGUAAGUGGGCUACCUAGCUCAGCCUUCCUACUGGGCAUUGCUAUAAGGAAGGUUACAAAAUAUGAAAAAGGGGUAAAAAAAGGUGGGGAGGGAGAGGAGAUGAGCUGACGCACGGAUGAGAAAUCAUAUUAUGCGCAAACAGAGAAGUCGUCUGAAUAUCACCGAAAGAAGAGACCUUUGUUUGUUCCUUACGAAAAUCAAACCAGAUAUUAAAUAUUUAGUCUCGCAGGAUCAACCUCAAGGUACUCAUUAAUCACUAGUAAAGGUAAUUUCAAUUUACUUUAUUGUUUUCUCAUUAAACUUUAUAAAGUAAAAAACAUUAUAAACAUGCAUUAAGUAGAAAUAAAAAGAUACCUGUACGUACAUUUUUUUUUUUUUAACACCCUCCUUUCUAAAAAAUAUUCUGCACUUGCGCGAAAAAUGGUGGGCGGUAAAUAAAUUUUUCCAUCAAGAAAGAUGCAUUAGUGGGAGGUAGGUAGAAAAAGGUUGGCUACCACUGUUCUAGAGAGAGUGGGGUAUGGUGACACAAAGGGUGAAAGUAAGGAUACGAAGUAGGUUGUUAGAAAAGGGCUUAUUAGGUAAUUUUUGACAGUUGCAGAAGAGGAGUCAUGAGGGAUGGGGGAUAAAAACCUGCUAACAGUUUAAUUGAUAUGCUUUCUUGAAGAAGUGAGUUUUCAAUAAUUUUUUGAAUGAGUAGAGACUGGGUGAAAGUCUUACGGAGAAGGGAAGGGAGUUCUACAGAAGAGGUGCAGCCCUGGAGAAAUCUUGGAGGCGAGCAUUAGAAGUGGGCGUCACCACAGUGGGGAUCCUGGGAAAUUGGUUGGUAACAGAACCGGUACUUCCCUGACUUAGGUUACCAACCCUAAAUUUUUUGCGGCCUACAAGCCUGACAGGCGUCGGAGGGAAUGCCACUCUCCAGACGACACAUCCUGUUACACUGAGCGGAUUUCUGCACUCUCCUCCCCCCCUCCCCCCGCCCCUUUGGACUGGUGGGGGUUAUCCCGGUCCCAGGAGAUCUCCCACUGCAACUUUUCAUACCUGAUCGCUCAACUGCAAGCCUCAGACACACCACCGCCUGCAACACAAUAGAUCACUCUUAAGGUGUGGUCAUCUGACAGGUUGGAGUGCCUUCCUACGUGCAUAAUGGAUCCCAGGAGAACAUGGCACCAUUGUUCUCUCAAGGCCUGAUGGGCCUGCAGCAUGGCCUCUGGUGGCUUGGGGCCCUAAAGGAACCUGGGAUUUUGGGACUCUGGCUCUUCUAACUCCUCGGGAUGGAGGCUGCUGUACAUGAGGGGAUUUGGAACACUCAGCUGAGGGUCUCUUAUCAGUGCUCCAACGCUACAUAUGCCUACCCACAGGAAACCUUCCUCCAAGAGCCCAGCAGUCUACUCGCAUUUCGGUUAUUGGAUGAAGGCGCAUUAAACCAACUGUGAAAGUCCUCCGCACAUGCUUACGUUUCCUCCUGGUUAAAUGCCAAGUGGUGGACUCCUGUAUUGUAUUAGGUUUUUCUUUGUUCUCAUUUACUAUAGCAGCCCUUUGUUUUUUCUAUAGGAAAAAUUUAAAUAGCAUGUUUCACAGUGUCCAUACAUAACCCUAUCACUCAUAGGCUUCACCAUGUCUAGUGCAUAUGUUGUUACUGUGUUGUGUAUGCCUAGUGGACCCCUUCAUUUAGCCUGACUAGUCUAUUCCUGACUAAGCAUGUUUUCCUUAACUACUCAUGCACUAAGCCUGUGUGUUUUUUACUUUUAUAAAAAUGUGCAAUGUCUAUAUCUGCCAUGUAUUAUUAUCACUAUGUAUGCUAUCAUGUCACUUGUUCAUGCUGUUGUGGCUUGUUAUCACUAAUUUGCACCGAUAAUAAAGAAUAUUUUAAAAAAAAAGAUAUUUAUCUAUAAAAAAGCUCAGAGAGGUAGAAAUUAUAUUAAAUCACAAUAAAUAUUAAAGAAUUGAUUCAAUUAUUAUACCAAUAUAAAUCAUUGUCUGGAUAGUUUUAUUACUCACGACACAUUUUUAAUGUAUAUGUCUUCAAAAUCACCUUAUACAUUUUCCUGUCCUGUUCCCUAACUUCAUCCUUCCACUCUUCUCUUCUUCUCUUUCAGUAGCUCAUAUGUCAGUAUUCCUAUGUAAUUUCUACCUUUCGCUUUAAUUCUUACUGUAUUAAUGCCAAGUCCAGGCUAACUUUGGGCAUUCCAGCUAUUCUGGAUUGCAUAUCACAGGACGUACACACAGUAAUGCAGUGUCCUAAUUACUACUUGCUUCUCCAUGUUCCUCAUUCAGGUCUGCUUACACCUCAAGUGUCUCUGAGCUAUCUACACGGGUGUUGCUACGCUUUCCGCAAAGGGUUAAGAACCGUGGAACCGCAGACUUCCUACCAGUAAAACCACAACAUGCUUGGGAAUGGCACAGUUGUCAUCAGUGAGUACCUUUUCCUUUCUGGACGUGGUCUAUUGUUCUUUGAUCUAGAUAACUUUUUUUUUUAAAUCUCCCACCCAGGCAUUAUCACAGUAUGGAUUCCUUUAGUCACUAUGAUCUUUUGGAUGCUGUAACCCAUCGUAAAGUGGCUGAAGGUCAUAAGGCUAGCUUUUGCUUGGAAGACACAACAUGUGAUGUGGGAGUAAGACGUAGAUAUGCUUGCACUGCACACACUCAGGUGACUUUCAUUCAUGUGUAUAUGCUUAAAUACUGAAGUAUUUUGAUCUUGUGCAGAAUCUUUGGGGUUGUUUUUUUCAACAUGUUAUAAACAAUUUGGAACAAUAUGGAUGCCAAAGCCACCUUUGGGUAGACAUGCAUUUUAUUCUAUACAUUGUGCAGACAAAAUUGCUGGCAAAUGUGUUGAUUGGAAUAUAUACUUACCUGACUUCCUUCUACUGCAACAUCCUUGUCUAUCGUGGACACUGGGCAGGGUACCACUGCUUCCAUGAAAUGAGUGGAAUCCUAUAACAUUUGGCCAAGAAUUGUGGAUUGUUUCAGUGGCAUUUGGGAGUAAGAUAUAAUAAUCUGACAUUGGUCGUUUUUACCGCCACUAUGUGCUAUAGGCCUAGCUGUAAAUGGCCCAAAUUACAAUAAUUUUUUUGCAAUACAUGCCAAACUACCAAAAAAGGUUCAAGAAUAUGUUUAUGUAAAAUAUCAAUAUAAAAAGUAUAGUGCUUACCAAAAUAAUCACCAACCUAAAUUAAACCAAUCUUUCUGAUAAAUAUGAAUAAAACAUAAACUUCAACCCAAAAAGUGCUACAAUAAAACACAUGUUCACAAUUACGUUAUACAAUAUAUACAUAAAGUGUAUCAAAAGUGCUAAUCACAUAUGCUAAUCUUAAAGGACCACUCUAGGCACCCAGACCACUUCAGCUUAAUGAAGUGGUCUGGGUGCCAGGUCCAGCUAGGGUUAACCCAUUUUUUCAUAAACAUAGCAGUUUCAGAGAAACUGCUAUGUUUGUGAAUGGGUUAAGCCUUCCCCUAUUUCCUCUAGUGGCUGUCUCAUUGACAGCCACUAGAAGCGCUUGCGUGCUUCUCACUGUGAUUUUCACAGUGAGAGCACGCCAGCGUCCAUAGGAAAGCAUUGUAAAUGCUUUCCUAUGCGACCGGCUGAAUGCGCGCGCAGCUCUUGCCGCGCGUGCGCAUUCAGCCGGCGGGGCGGAACGGAGGAGGAGAGAAGGAGGAGAGCUCCCCGCCCAGCGCUGGAAAAAGGUAAGUUUUUACCCCUUUCCCCUUCCAGAGCCGGGCGGGAGGGGGUCCCUGAGGGUGGGGGCACCCUCAGGGCACUAUAGUGCCAGGAAAACGAGUAUGUUUUCCUGGCACUAUAGUGGUCCUUUAAAGACAAUGUAUUAUAACCCAAAAAUCCACAAUCCGCCUUAAAGUGCCUCCAAAAAAAAGGUUUCACAGGAAAAAAAAUUAUAAAGAUUUAGCGCCUUUUUCAUUUCCUUUUAGCAUGUAUACGUAUUAGUGUCAUAUUUAAGGUGGCACCGUUUUUUAUCCGUGACUCAACGAUCUAUUAUGCUGAUGGCGUUCAUACAUUUUCUGCCCACCUUAAACAACAUACAAAACAACUAUUAACUUGCUUAUAAUGUCUUGGUUGGGUUGUAACCCAUGAAAUCCUAAGUUGUAAUAGUGAUAAUGCAAACUUAGUGAUUUAUGAAAAAAGGAAUAUCAACAUGGGGGGAGAUUUACUUCACAUCUUAAGACACGAGAAGCAAAGUUCACCAAAAUAUAUAAUAAGGUAAAAACAAUAGUUCAAGUUCAAACUUGAAAAGGCUAAGAAGGUGUUGGUGGACUCUGGGACACAUAACCACUUUGUUGACAUGUAGCGGUUUUAGUGCUUGGAGUGGUCCUUUAAUAGAUAGUUAAAUGCAUAUCACAGCUGUCCUAUAUAAAACAAGACCUGCACUAAAAAUUAUUGGAAUAGAGAAUUUUAAUGGUGAAAGCGUAAAAUUUUCAAGAUGAUCUGAAACUUGUAGGAAAAUAUGGCCUUAACUUCUAUGUCAUAAUCUAAAUCUGAUGGAACAAAUAACACACAAUAAUUAUAGUUUUGUGACUUUACUAUAACAUAGAUGCAACAUUUAUUGUUGAGUAUUUUUUUUACUAGUGCUAUGUGCCUACUCGGCUACUUUAUGAUCAUGUUUUUAGGAUACACAAUAUGGAUGCAUAUGGAUAGGCUGGCUCGUUGUAGUCUGUUUAAGACUGAUAUCAAGCUCCGUUUUUGACACCCAUCUGGGGUACUUAUAUUAAGCAUGACCAUUCUAAGGAUUGGUAAGAUCCAUCUAUCCUUUUUCUUGACAUGUCCUAUUUUUUUCAAGUCAGGUUUAGGUAGUGUCAUUAGGAGUAAGACAUUUAGCAGAAAUGAACAAACUUUCCUCUAGCUCAAAUUCUGUUAAUGGAAGUGUUUUAUUGGCAUUUUCUACCCACACAGACCCCAAAAUCAAAUUUUUUCGGGUUCUUGGAAAUCUCUUCUUAGUAAGGCAGAUAAAUCAAUGUUCUUCGUUAGAUUAAAUUAUCUCAUCCUUUAAAAUUUAACUAUAUAAUUGUAAGACUUGUAUCCUAUUCCUCCAAAUGUGGUCCAAAAUCACAUCAUGUGUCUUUCUGAGUAAAUCAACAAUGUUACUUCCCUAAUAAACAAGCAUAGAACAACCUAUCUCAGGGAUGUUCGUGGCUCUUAGAGGAACAAGGUCCUGUUUUAUGCAGAUACACAGGAAUCUAGAAAGCCAUUGGUUACUUUAAAAGUCAUUUACAGGAGACGUUGAUUGAUUUCAUGUUUCCCAUGCACAUUUUACUCGUGUCGACUGAAAACCAACAACAAUUUAUACAGAAGACCAUUCCAUAUCUUGUGUGGUUUGUCUCUGAUAAAAUGCAGUCCUAUGUGCCUUUCACUAUUCGGAAGCCAACACAUUAAUUAAAAUCGACACCCAAACAGUGGACUUAUCUUUAGUUCACUACAUUUCAAAACUUCAAACCAUCUUCUGUAAAUCUAUAAAAUAAUAUUGAUGACGUUUGACCCACUCUCUUCUUCCCUCACAUGCUUUGAACUCAAUGUCAAGAUGUGCAGGACAUAAACAAUAAACUAGAAGCUCUUAAAGAUACAAAGAAAACAAGGGGGAUGGAGCAGCACUGAACAAUAAAAUAGAAGAGGCAGCACACCUGAAUGGUGAAUGGGACAAACAAAGUAACAGAUCUAAAAAAUCUCUAAAAAUACAAUGAAAAAUAGUCUUUAGUGCAGUCCAGCUGACACAGUCUUAGAAAUAAUAAUAAUAAUCCACCUUCCAAUUUUCAUAAAGUGCUUGUGGAACAACUUCAGUCAAGAGCAGCAUAUAAAAGAAAACACAAACCAAAAAGAACAAAUAGUGCAAUAUGGUAGUAUAAUAUAUAGCAGACGACACAAAGGUCUAAGAAUGCCAACUCACAUAUGAUAGAGCUGUAACCAGCUCUGGGUAAAACAGCGUGCAGUGGUAUUAUAUCCCCUCAGGCAGUAGUUCACAGCAGGAUGAUGAUGAGGCGAACAUAUGGAAUGACAAUAAAAAGGCCAAUAGUGCUCUCUAUUGAGGUAAAUAUAAACGCAUAUAACAGAAAUAUACUUAUGUAAAGCAGACUAACUGUUCUAUGUAUCAGGCGUAGGUGGUAUAAUCUCUAGGAUUCUUUAUACGGUGAUCAGUAGAGAUGUCUGAAGGUAAGUUCAAAUGCCAGGUAAAAGCAAAAAGAGUAGAAUGCAGGAUGACCGAUUACUCAUGCUUCCCCAUUUGAAAUUCUUGUAUUUAGAAAUAAAACCUUCUGAUUUGGAGUAGACUACUUGCUUUUACUUAGCAUUUGAACUUACCUUCAGACAUCUCUACUGACUACCGUAUAAAAAAAUCCUAGGUGGUGAUUAUACCACCCACACCUGUUACAUAGAACGGGUUUAGUCUGCUCCAACUACUGUAAGUAUAUUUCUAUUAUGUGCAUUUAUACUUACUUUAGUAGAGAUCACUAUUGGCCUUUUCUUGUCAUUCCACAUGUUCCACCUUAUCAUCAUCCUGCUGUGAACUACUGCCUGAGGAAUAGCCUGCAAGUGGGGAUAUAAUACCACUGCAUGCUGUUUUACCCAGAGCUGGUUAUAGCUCUAACAUAUGUGAGUUGGCACUUUUAGACCUUUGUGUUGUCUGCUGUAUACUACACUACCAUAUUGCACUAUUGGUUCUUUUGUUUGUGUUUUCUUUCAUAUGCUGCUAUUGAGUGAAGUCAAGCACUUUAUGAACAUUGGAAGAUGGGUUAUUAUUAUUUUUAAGACUGUGUCUUAUUACCUGGUAUUUAUUACUUUUUAUCUUUGGACUGUACUAAAGACUAUUUUUCAUUGUAUUUUUUGAGAUUUUUGUAGAUCUCUUAGUUUGUUUGUCCUCUUUAGUGCAACCUGUCCUCUCUUUAAGAAGCUCUUAAAGGGUUACUUUAACCCUUUGGUAAAAUGCCAUAUUGGGCACUGUGGAGGAGGCCCCCUACCCCUCCAAUUGCAAUGAAACCUGAAAAAAAGUUUAAUAUUACAUCCAGUGCCAGGUAAUGCUCCCAUUGCUGAUUGUCACACCCCGUCUUCACGUCAUUGGAGCCAUGUGCAGACUAAUCACAGGCUUUUCAUGUGUGCAUUCCGGACCGGCGAUGGAGAGCCUGGACAUUUUCUUUUAUUUUAUAUCUAAACGCAAAUAUGUCAUUCCAGGGACUGAGCCCAGGCUGUUAUGACACAUACCAUGCCAAUAUUGACUGUCAGUGGAUUGAUAUUACUGAUGUUCCUCCUGGAAGGUAUAUACUUAAGGUAAGCACUGAAAGCUUGCACUAUUUGUUUCACAGUUUACUUUUGUACUCUCUCUCUUUAUUGUUUGUGUAUAUAAUGUGUCAUGCAUUUAAAGAUCUUUCUGCUUUACAGGUGUCUGUGAAUCCAAAUUUCCUGGUCUUGGAGUCAGAUUUCACCAAUAAUGCUGUGCAAUGUGACUUGACUUACUCAGGGAGCCAUGUAUUAACUCGAAAUUGUCACCUUUCCAGGUACUGGUAUUAUAUUGUACAAUGUUCUAGGCCAGGGAUAGGCAACCUUCGGCACUCCAGAUGUUGUGGACUACAUUCCCCAUAAUGCUCUUACACUUAUAAUGCUGGCAAAGCAUCAUGGGAGGCGUAGUCCAAAACAUCUGGAGUGCCGAAGGUUGCCUAUGCCUGUUCUAGGCUAUGGUAGUGUUGAAAACGCCUUCCCAUUGGCAUGGAGCAAAAGGGUAAAAGUGGGGGGUGAGUAACAAACUGGCGAUGAGAAAAAGGGAAAAAAUAAUAAUAAAUUAUAGCUAUGUAGGCCACUCUCAGGACUGUGGAAUGCAUAGGUAUAUAUAGGGGGGCCUGACAAAUAUUCCCAAUGUCUCCAUCCAUUGGGAAUGUGUGAGGGGUGAAAAAAACCAGAUCAUAUGAGCAGGUCCUAGCUAAAAAGCACGAGGAUUACAGUAAACAAAAUGUUACAGACCCCAUACAUUAAAUAAUUUAUACACACCAACUACAGUGUUAUCAAAAGGGGAUAUCCUCAUACUUUUUUCCCAUGGAAAUAUGCGUCUUUUAAACAAAAAUGUGUAAAAAGUAAAACUUUUUUUUUAUGCGAGCCUAACUCCUUACCUAAAAUGUUGGGGCAAGCUCCUUUGAGGGUCCCUCUUCAGCUACUGGUCCACUUUGUCUGUCAUGUUAGGCUUUGUCUGGUAAACCUAUUGUACAACACUGUGGAAUAUGUUGGCACUAUAUGAAUAAUUGAAAUUGGGUAAUUAGUUCUGGACAGAAGGAAUAUAAACCAGGAUACAGAGCGAGAUGGGAACCUGAUGGGGAAAUAUGGUAUCCAGUAAGGCAAGAGAUAAAAGGUUGAGUUAUGAAUCAAGUUGUAUGUCUUAUCAAUCAAGUUGUAUGUAUGCAUACAAGGAGGUCUGGUGCAUUACAUGUUUAUGAGGAACACUAGCUUGUGAUAGUGCAGUUACCUCCUCAUUUUGUGGUUUUGUGUCAAAUAUAAAUAUUGCUAUGCAAUUUAAUUUUGUGCAAGGGAAAUGUGACCUCCUGUGACUAAUUCAAAAUGUAAACUCUUUUCUCCAGCAUUUGACACCUGAUGCAAGUUGUAUCCGAACCCUGACUGUCAUACGGAAGGGAGUGUUUGUAAUGUCUACAUCCAACUUUCCAGAGGAAUGAAACGUCAAUACAAAAGAUUAUUUAUUUUGUGAUCCACAGAGCACUCUGUACUUUGAAUGUGUGUUUGUUUUUUUACCAUCAAGCCAAAUUAUAGUUAAACCAAAAAUGAUCUUUGGUGUUACCAAAUUGAUUAAAUAUUCUAUAUUAAUGCCAAGAUCCUACAAAUAUUAUCCCAUGCUUUCUUUAUCUGUUUAAUUUAAUCGUUUGGUUUUUGUUUAUUUCAAGAAAUUCUUUUUUUUUUCUUGUCUCACAAAAUGCAUUAGAUUUUCCCAUAGAUAUAAAAGUAAUAAAAAGAGCAAGAAUAAUACUUAAGAAUAUAAGACCAGAAUAAAAGAUUUUAAAUGCGUCCUUUCGUUUACUCUGAUGCCUUAUUUUAGGUGUUUUUUUAUUUAGCCACAAUGUGUUGAGUUGGCCUGAAGCUUUUCAAACAUUUUAUUAUUAGUAUGUAUUAUUUUUUGAUCCACAGGACACUUUGUAGUUUGUAUGUUUGUUUUUUUGGUUGGAUUUUUUACCAUCAAGUCAAAG